UCUGUUUCCCGUUACGUUCCAGUAGCCAGGAAUUCUCUCUGUUAAAGGGGGAGGAGAGGGAGAGAAAUUCUAUAUCGUCAUUUAAUAUCGAAGAGGGCAAAGCGCGUGAAAGUUAAAACGCCACUUUUUAAGCCGAAACAUACAGACGCAGCAGUGCGCCCAUUGAGUUUUUUGGCGAACCACCGCUUCCUUUUUAAAUACGCAAAAACUGAAGAAGGGGAAACAUAACAGGAGAAACAUAGAGAAACUUUUUAAUUGAUUGGUUUAAUCUACUUUUCCAUUCCAUCUGUUGCCAUCAGCUGGUCGGGCUUCCCACAGCACCUCUUGCUUCAACUCUUCCUACCACGGGCCUUAGUGCACCAUGGCCGGAGCUGGUGCGGGUGCCAGGCCGGGCUCUGUGCGCUCCAGGAUGGGUAAAGCUGCCGCGCUGGCCCGGUUGCUGAACCGGGAUUGCACUCGCCUGCUGGAACUAUAUAGAGAGAGAGAAGGCUUCUCGCCUGACCUGUCCCUGGAGAAGGGUCGCAUUGUGGCCCUCGUGCUGUCCGCCCCCCACCUCUCCGCCAACGAGAGGGUGUGGCUCCUGCACUCCGCCCUGCACCAGUGCCUCAGGCUCUUUGAGCGCGUGAUUGGCUGGGAGAUAGAGCAGGGCUUCGGGGGCGAGGGCGAGUACGAGAGGGUGCGGAGCACGGUGAAGGACAGACUGGGCCACCUGCUCCAGAGCACCAAGAACCUCCUGGCGGAGACAGAGGGAAUUACACCACUGACCCCUGACCCAAACAACCCAGAGGAGACAGAUGGGUUGGAAAAAGGUGGCAUAUUUGAGGCGAAGCUCUGGACUUUCCGGGUCCUACAGGAGCUGAUCCACUGGACCCAGUCCGCCGCCCAGACUCUGCACUCAGUGCAGUCAGAGAGAGAGAAGGAAAGAGGGAGAACUACUGUGAGAAAGGGAAAGAGGGACAAAGGAGAAGUGCAGAGCUGAGAGAAAAUAAGGGCAGAGAAAAGGAGAGAGAGAAAGGUAGAUGAUAUGCAGGUGAAGGGAAGGAGUGCAGAGCUGAGAAAGAGAGGGAGAGGGAGAGAAGAGGAGGGCGAACGAAAAGUUGGAUUAUAGGAUGUGCAGAAAGGGAACGAGUGAACCAGAGUAGUGUAACUAUAUGCAGAUAACAAUUCAUUUAGAAAUAGUCUCGAAAGUAACACAGGAAGUGUGAAGAGUUCUUUCUUUAAAAAGUAACAGGGUUUAUUACCCUUUUUCAUUAGCAAGUGUGAUUUAUGAUGAUUGUAUGGGCUGCUAACCUGCUGAAUUGAAAGACUGGUGCCCUGGUAAACACCAUGACCCAUCCAGUUCUCAUCUUUGCAAACACUUUCAUGAUUUUUUUUUCAGGUGAAUUGUAAUUUAAUCCAAGAUCUGAACUAUAAUUAUGUUGCCUUUUUAGCUCUAACCCACUCAAGUACAAAAACUAACUUUAUUUUGAGGUGAUGACGUGUCACAUUGUUGUGUUAGAAUAGUGCUGGCUAUAAAAAGAAAUGAAAACAGGGAAUAACAAUGACAAACGGUUUCCAUUCUGUAGUCCAUUCUGUACUUUUGCGAAGAUCCUGCAAAGACUUGAGUGUUGUGGCUAAAACGUUAUUGGUUCCAACGCUCCUUUAUUCUUUCAACAGGGGGGAAAGGAUGUAAUAAAUGUUAAAAUGGUGGAACGGUUUGAGGGAUUGGGGAAAAAAUACAUGCGAUUGGAGGAUUUGAGGGGAAAAACAC